UUAUUUGUAAAGCUACAAGACCUAAAUGUAAACAGAAUAUGUCGCAGGCGCUCGAUCCCACGAGGUGCCGGCAUAUCAACAUCGCGAGUCAGUAUAACGUCGUACUUACGCGAUUCAAAUAGUAUGUUACUAUGUUACACAGUCGUGUAUACUGACUGUUGACGGUUUCGUUUACGAAAGUAAUUUCAGAGAGAGUGAAGGAUAGCACGGGAGAUCUCAUUCGGAUGAUUCUUCUCAACCGUUAGACGUGUCUCCGAUGUGACAUGAUGCCGGAGAAGGCGAAGAGAACGAAGGUGUACGUGCACAUGAUACUUCGAGCGCUUCGCGAAGAACAGCUGAUGCAACGAAGAAAGAUCCUGAGAUUAGCGAGGCUGAAGGCUGAUCUACAGUACCUGAGAAGAAGGGGCCUGUUCAAGGCGUCGGGCGAACUAUCGCAUCAAGGACGCAAGUGCGCGCGAUGCGGCGCACCAUUCGGUAGAUUUUACAACGUCGGCACGGUGUGCACGCGCUGCAGGCAUCGGAUAUGCCGGCAGUGUCGCGUCGAGAUCAGGAGCCACACCGGCGACAAAGAGGAGAUCGAAUGGAUCUGCAACGUUUGCUACAAGAUCGCAGAAUUACACGCACUCACCGGCAAGUGGAUGUACGAAGGUCCAGUCGCCGAGGAAUCUUUGAACGAGAAGACGUCGCCGGCCUCUGUAAACUCGCUGAACCACAGCAUCCGACGUGCUUGGACGAUUAAUGGUCCACCAACGCGUUGGUCAGCCACGAGGAAGUCCCCGGAGCUGCGGAUAUAUCGCAGCCUGCCGUCCCGCCAUCAGGACUACCCAGAGCCGUUGGAAAACUCAAAGAACGACAACACGUCGUUGAAGCUCGAGCACGUGCGAGACGGCAGUUCAGACGCUAAGGAUCGCGUCGAGAACAACAAGGAGGACUCUAAGGACGCGAGCGAAGCGAUCGAGAAGAGCGCGUCUAUCACGAACGAACGAACGAAAAAGGAGAAAAACGCCGGUAGAUCGGAGGAGGAAGUGCCAUCGUCGGAUGCCAUAAAGUUUAAGAGGACCGAACGAUCGAUCAAAAACAGGGCAGACGAGCAGGAGGACCCUGCGCAGGAGCCGAGCACACCUAGGAUCUCGCUGAUAAAGCCGCCCAGGAUCCUCACGAAGUUCAUAUCCCCUGAGACGAAACCGAGUCCGACGAAGCAUGGCGAGAGGAAAUCGAACAUUCCUAUCUUCAGGAGGAGUUCCAAGGAGUUCGAGGAUAUUCGCAGCCCGCAGGAGUCGUCUAAGCGAUCGCUUAUUCCUCAGAGGUACAGAGGAAGCACCGACGAUCUGCGCCGCAGUCGCGAGGACAUAAGCGUGCCCAGCUUGAUCCCGAAACUGUUAUCUUCCCGCAGCAAGGAGGACCGACUGAAACGACAAGACAGCAAGGACGACAUUCGCCACCCAUCCAAGUCUGCGAGGAAGGAUUCCAAGGAGGAGGCCAAGACCUCGUCGCUCGUCGCCUCGCCGUCCGCCAACAAGGACGACGGCGGCGGUAAGGCUUCGGGCAUACGGAUCUUUCGGCGAGACAACAGUCGCGAGGACGUGGGCAGAGAAAGCGCGAAUUCGAUCGGCUCCGCGAAAGGAAAGCAGCAGGACAAGCAGCAGGAGAGAACGGAGGAUCGAGGCGUGGGCGGCGCGACGAGAUCGCGAGCCGCUGGCGAACAGAACCGGACAAGGUGCGAAGACGGCAAGGACGCCAACGACGUUAACGAGGAAUCGUCGCCGAGGUGCGAGGAGUCGAUCGUUUCUACCGAGCGAAACGAGGCGACGCGAGGAGACAAGGAGGAGAUCGCGACUCAAGCUGAUGUCGACAUCGCCCAGGACGCGGGGAUGAUCGACGUGAUCGUCGCGCAGGACAGGACGCAGGACGAGCGGCGGGAGCAGGACACGAUGGUGGUAGGCGAGGUGAUAGACGAGAAGCAUUUGCUGCCACGAGAACCGGUCGAAUCCGCGGAGAACGAUAAGCAGGACGACGACGAGACCAGGGACACCGCCGAGCGUCUGUUGGACGGCAGCGACGGUGACGUCACUGGUAUCGCCGGCGAACGGAGGAGCCUGUUGGAAAUCGGCUAUGGGAAGAGGCUGGACGAGUUCCAAGUGGUGAGGCGAAAGUUCUCCAAAGAGGAAUUCUCGAAUCCAGACGACACCGACGACACUCCGAAUAAGCGUUGCUCAAGCCAUCUGUCGCCGGAAGCCAGUCCACUGAGCACGAGAUCAUCAAGAUACAGUCCCCGGGAGAGCGAGAGCGAGCCUACUCCGGCCCUGCCACGUAAAACCGGAGGAGACUCCUGUUCCGCUUCCCAGAGGAUACGCGACGCCAUCACGAGAACCAGAAGGGAGUCCAACAGCAGUACGAGAUACGAGAGCAGCGGCAGCGAAAGCAUCAGGCUGAGCGAAACCGGGUUACACGGAUACGCGGAGCUGGCCAGGAAGGUGAAAUUCUUCGGAGGGAACGGAAGCGCGGUUUCGUCGACGAUCGGCGGAGACGAAGUGGUGCAGCGCGACAGUGCUACCAGCGCAGGCGAGGACGAAACCAACGAAGAUGGCCAUGACAGAGCUGGACCGGUCCCCCCUCAAGGAAGGACAAUGCUGCGGCGAAGGAGGCAGUUCGAUGCUCAAGGUUCCCGACGACGCGGGAGGUCGCACGCGAGGUCCUGCUGCGGCACGGAGGACUUGCAGAGCCUGCAGACUUUGCAUCUGAUCGGACGCGGCGGUCGACAGCGUAGUCCCAAUCCGUCCGGUGGCUGCCAAGGCCAGGAACAGCCACCAGCGGUGGACUACAGGCGACUGGUGUUCAUCAGCUCCGACUCGUCGUCCGGCCGCGAGGAGGACGACGCCGACAGCAGUUGCUCGAGCUCGUCCUACCUGAACGGACUGCCGCGCAACGGCGGCCACGCACAGUCGCUCGAGGACUGCGACUGGGACUACUUCGAGAGCGGCAGCCUGCCGCUGCCGGCGAUCGCCAUCGGCGCCGGUAACCACGUCGGCGCGGACCACGGCGUCGCUCAAGACUGGAGUUGCUGUCCGGGACGUGGCUCGGCCGCUUGCCAGGCUUGCGGCGGUUCCCGAAGCGCGAACGUACUCCCGGUGCCGGUGCCCAUACCGGUCCCGGUCCCAUACCCGGUGCCGGUGCCGGCAGCUCUGUGGACCGGCGACUUCGCGGCGGCCGCAUCAUCCAUGAUAAGUCGCGACGGCCAUGCCGAGCCGGGAACUCUGAGGCUGCGAGGCGAUCCGGCGGCACCCUGGUUCGCCUGGCACCCUCGUUUCAACCAACCGCUUCACGGCGCCCGCCUGGACCCCCGGCUGACUGGCGCCUUCGACCCGACCACCUGCACCUUCCAACCGGAUCAGGUGAUGACCCCGAGACUAUACGGGCCGAUCACGGAGAGCGCGGCGGUGCCGUCGACCAACUACGAGUCCAGCAACGUACAGAGCAACGGCCAAGACGUGAGAGACGACGCUAAGAUCACGUCGAAAACGGAAGAGCCGCUGAAGGAGGAGAACUCGUCGAUGAAGGAGUUGAGUGAAUCCAUUGCUACUUCCACCCCGAAAAGUAAAGCAAGACCUGAAGAGACAAAGGAUAUCGAAGCAGAGUGCGAGAAAGAUGACGAAGACGCAGAGGAGGUAGAAGAGAACGAAGUGGUGGCAGCCUGCGGGGAUUCGCUGUCUUCAUCCUUCGACAGGAGUGCGCAGAGGAUGUUCCAGCACUCGCGAGAAGAUUCGGGCAGCUCGUCUGGCCGCUCGUCAGCUGACAGCAGCGAUCUGGAGGAAGACUCCAGCUCCCACCGUUUCUCCAGAGUUUUUGUGGUCAACGAUGAUUCGCUCACCAGCGACAAUGACAUCGAGGACAAUGAGGAGGACGACUCGGAUUCCGCGGCGGAGGGCGGUGUGACCCUGAAGCGCGUCACCGCGAUUCCUGAAGAAGAGCCGGUGGUGCUGCAGCACGUGAGGCUGCUGAACGAGGACGCUUUGUUGGAGAACGAGCGGAAGGAGAGCAGCAGGGACGAAAAAAGGCUGGAAGCGCCGAAGAGCCGUUCCAAGAUCUACAACUUCGGCGGCGAGCCUGAAAAUGACGGCGGGUCGUUGAACGAGCACGUGGUCAGCUCGGGCGACAAACGAAGAAGUCGCGGCAGGAGAGACGGGGUCGACCACGGCGACAAGAGACCUCCUCUUCUGCUGCAGCAUCGAUCUAUCCCCGAGGAGAUGUACUUGGCGGACGGCAACGACUGUUCCGGCAAUCGGGUCGAGCUGAGAUCCAUCCGCACAUUGGACCCCGACAGCAUCGAUCCACCGGCAACAUCGAUCACGCCGAAGACCGACGAGAGUCCCGUCCCCAAGGUACAAAUUCACCGCGGAGAGAGAACAACAGACACGCUGAGGAACGACCGCUCCAGCACGCCGGAGCUUCCGCAGGACGAGCCAAGAUCGCCCUUGAGCGACGCCUGGGACUCCACCAUCGUCCCGGAUUCUCUCGAGAUCUCCGGUGAGCCGGUUCCCAAGGACAACGAUAACGAGCAGCGGUCCGCGCGAUCGCGCACGACGAACGGGAAAGACAACGAUUGCGAGAGGCGGGGAGAUAAGCCGCGUUUAUCGGCAGCGGAUCGCGACGUCAACGCGGACGUCGACGCGGCCGUCGACAGUUCCAUCGGCAACGAGAGCAACGCCACGGGCAGCGAGGUGAGCAGCGACGAGCUGCACGAAUACGAGCUGACCGCGGUGGCCAAGUCGUCGUCGCUCGGCUUCGGCAACGAGAUUGCCGCGAUCAACGGCGAGCUGCUGCACCGAAUCGGCAGGGAGAAGUCGGAGAACGCCGCCACGGGAGACGCUGUCCGGCCGAAUGGUUACCAUCUCCACGGAUCUAAUCGGGAUGACAAAGGGAGCUCGACGGUCACGAGGACGAUGACGAAGAGCGGCACCAAGCGGAGCGUGCAGUCCGAGCGGACGGCCAGCGGGUGGUCACCGGACAAGAAUUCGAUCGACGUCGCGGACACAACGAAGACGACUGCGAUUAUGAUGGAGUCGACGGUGAGCGGGAAGGACGACGACGACGGGGACGCCGAUCGGCUGGUCACGCGUCGUCGCGCCGGAAGAACGGAGCAGCAAGAUGGCGCGGAAGACAACGACCCGACGACGACGACGACGACGACGACGACGACGACGACGACGAUGGGAGAGCUGGUAGGAGUCGCCGACGUAGGCGACGCGGUAUCCAGCGAGAUUCAGGAGACGUCGAGGAGUGCGGAGGGUGUCGGCAAGGUGGACAGUGCGCAUGACAGCGGCCCGGUGAGAGGCGAGAUCACGACCGCCGGUGCUGCUGGUCAGGUGGGAGGAAGUGGCAGUGAUGGUAACGACGACGGUGAUGGUGGUAGUGGUGGAGGUGGUGGUAAUGGUGAGAGCCUCGCGGAGGGGGGAGCGACACGGUUUCGCUCAGUCGAGCGACGCCCGUGCACUCGGAAGGAGAAUGGAUUCCCAGCUGACACGUUGGCCAAGGAUCUUGCCAGAGACGCCCAGCACUUUCCCUCGGCGGCGUGCAACAAUAACAAUAACAACAACAGCGGCAGCGGCAACAGCAAUAAGUACAGGAGCCUCGUGAUGAUCACCCAGGAGGCCUCGUAUCAGCCGGUGAGCGUCGUCACCUCGGAUACCACCACGCUGCUCCAGCCAGAUGAGAUCCACUCGGCUGGACAAGGCCUGGCUGGCUACUUCCAGCUGGCGCUGGAAGCCGCGGGUGAGCAGCCACCGCGCAAGAACGGCCAGGGUCCUCGUAGACCGCUGAUGGUGAAGAGACUACCUGCCGCGACGGCCGCAGCGAGCCAUCAGUCCGAACCCGAGGUGGACAGUGGUCUGAGUGUGGGUAGUGCCAGUGAAAGCGACGACGUGUCCGUGAAGAACAACGGGAACAACUCGUCGAGGCUCAAUUGCCGCGCGGAGAGUGCGGAGGACGUGUCGAAGGAACGCGCGGUGUCGGAUAGUCGUGAUGGUGCACGUCCACGUGUCUCGUCGCAGUCCAGCGACGACAAUUCGGCCAGCGGUGGGGUCAUCAUACUCGAAGAGGGCCUCGCCGAUGACGAUUCUUGGGUCGAGGAAGUGUCGCACGACGAAGACGAGCCGGGUGCGACCACCGCCACGGAGGAGAGCUCCGAAGACGAAGCGAACAACUUCGGCGAUCGUGAGGAGGAGCUACGUGGCUACCGCAGACAGGCGAUCGACUUCACCCUGCACACUAUCGUCGAGGAGUCCUGCGAGGAGAGCGAGACGGAACCCGGCAGCCUGGCUGCGGGAAGUCCUUCGAAAAAGCCGCGACCGCCCUCGGCUUCCGAGUUGGAGAAAUAUUUCUUCUUCGGCCUGGGUGGCGACGGCAACAACUCCAGCAUGGGUUCACGCGAGGUCGACAGUCUGUCGGAGACGUCUUCAAUAUACUCGGAAGGACUGGAGUCGCUCGGGCAGGACGAGGCGAACGGCAGUGGGCAGAAUCAGGACAGAUCCAACUCCGGAGACAACUUCCUGAAUUCCUCCAGGCUAGAGAAGUAUUAUCUCUCGGAGUUCCUCGGCUUCGAUCAAGACAGAAGAGACUCGGACGGCUCGGUGGGCAGCGAUUCCGAGGGUAGGCCCAGUCCAGAGGCGCAGAGGAGGAAGAAACUGGUUCGCGCUCGAGGUACCGGCAGGUCGCACAGCUCCUCGUUGGACAAUCUGUUGGCUCUCACGCAGAGCUCGCAGAACCUCAGCUCGCAGAACUCAUUGCAGGACCUGAGUCUGAGUCAGGACACGCAGGAGACUCAGUCCGAGGGCUCGUCCACGGAGACCGACGGCACCGAGGACGGCCAGACCGCUGUCUUCGGCACCGACGGUCAAUUCGACACGGUGAAACGAAAGAAGAAGAAACCACGGAACUUGGCCGGGACUCAGAGCCCACGCGUCCCCGACGAUCGCAACAAAACACCGGAACCCAGCCGGGAAAUGGCGCUGAUGAGCGAGGUCGUGGUGGAGAACGAGAACGAAGCGAUGAAUUCCGAAGACUCGGACAGAGCGAAGACUCCGCAGCCGGAAUCGGUCUUGUCCUCAUCCUCGUCGCCGUCCACCUUGACCAGCACGUCGAACGUCUCGUCGUCUCAGAUGGACUCCUCGAGGAACGUCCAGGUGACCCCAGGCGACUCGGUGAGCUACAGUCAGCGCUCGAAGCAACAGUCGAGAGACUCCGGCUUCGUCGGCAGCUGCGACGACCUCCUGCAGCAUCAGAAACUACCGGACGAAAGUAACCAGCCGAGCAGCCCGGAAACCGACCACGAAGCGAGCGGUGUGGACCGCUCACUGAGCAAGACCAACAACGACCAUCUCCUGGGCGACGCGAGCGAAAGCGUCGUCGAGGGACUCUCCGUCGCGGACAGGAGCAACCUUGCGAAACACCCGGUGAAUCACGCGGCGAGCCUGCCGCACUUGGCGAACGCCUCGCUCUCGCGCAAGGACAGCUUCAACAACUGGUCCAGCGACGAGGAGACGAAUCUCAUGAUGUCGAAGAUGCGGCAGUUCUUCAAGACGAUGGUGGCCAACUCGAACGGCCAGAACGCAAACGCGAGCGCAGCCAACUCGAGCGGCGCCUCCCCGGCGCCUAGUCCACGGCUCACCGGCUACACGUCGAAGGCGAGACUCUGCGCGCAGAACCGCACGAAACCGCCGCAACUGGUGUACUUCGAGAACGAGCUGACGCGGCUGAUGAAGACGGUGCCGGGCAUACGCGACGAGCAGGUGCGCGAGAUCGUCGAGUACCUCAGCUCGGAGGACACGUGGUCGGACUCGUACGACAGUUCGGACUACACAAGCUCGGACCUGGAAGGCGCCGCCGCCGGAGGUCGCCGUUCGGCUCUGCAGGAGCAGAUUUCGCAGAGCUGCCAGCAGAUCAUCAGCAAGUUCGACACCACGUCCGGCGACGGCGGUAACGUUCUCCUGGACAAGGAGAGGGACCAAGUGAAGGGCGUAGCGGGCAGUUCCGCGGUGCCGCAGCCGUCCUACCUCGGCAGAGACACCGCGUUCGUCUACCAGAAGCUGGUGCAGAGCUUCACGAAGAUGGCGGGCGACGGUGUGAGCUCGGACGCCAACUCCACGCCGCACAGCAGCCCGCCGUUGAUCGCCAAGGUGAUGCACCACAUCGGUAGUCGGCUGGUGGCACUGAUGCACGAGGUCUCCGAGGGCGGGCCAGCGGCGCAACAUCACUCGAGCAACUCUUGGCGACGGUACUCCCAGCACCACCGUACCCCGUCGUCAGCGUCCACCACCGAGGACGACGACUCCACGUCGGACUCCACCAACGCGCCCUCGUCGGCUCACCUGCAACUGCCCAGGUCCAAGUCGCACGACCCGUUGCUGCUGAUCAACAGCCACCCGGCGACCUCGGCCGGCCAAGAGGGCGAAGAACGCGAGGCGAGCGACUACGAGAGGUUCUCCUGGCGCGGCAGCUUCGAGUCCGCGCUCAUGGCCGCCGACUCCAGGACGAAGCUGAGCCUGUUGGCGUGCUCCGGUGACGUCAGUGGCAGUGCUAGUGCGAGUGCCAGUGCCUUGGCGAUGGCGGCGAAGCGACGCAGCGCCGGUGACCUUCUGUUCAACCCCAAGAGCUUCUCCAGGGAGCAGCUGGAUAGAGUGAGAAGCUGCGGUUCCAUCGGCGGCGGCAGCGGCGGCGGCUGCAGCGGCGGCUCCAUCGAGGAAAGGAUCUGGAGCAACCGCAGGAGAUCUUCCGUUCCCGACGCCAACACCCGGGGAGAGUCAGGUGCGUCCGCCGGCGACGAAGACACCGAGGACGAGCUGGAGUACGGCGGCGAGUCACGUGCGACGACCCUUCCACGUGGCAUGCAGUCCGCGAUCUCCGCGGCGACGAAUUCGCUGCCACGCUUGCCGGCGUCGAGCGUGCCCGCCGGCCUAAACGCGGCGUCGGCGUCGUCCGCGGCGUCCGCAUCGUCGUCCUCGCCGAUGCACAAGUUGCACAGCUACCAUUUCAUGCCGCAUAGCAACGUCAAGUCCGCUCGUUAUCGACCGCCCGGCUUCGCCAGGAACACCAACAACUUGCCCGGCACGAUCGGCGGGCCCAAGCGCGCCGUCAGCGCCCCGGGCCUUCAAGUCUCCGGCUCGCAAUCAGCCGCUGGCAAGCGGGACAACUCCAGGUCACGGAGGCAGCAAACGAUGUCGCUCACCUCGGACGACGGAGGCAGUUUGUCGGAGGCAUGCAGCACGCCAAUUAUCGGAGCAGGAUCACGAGCAGGCUCUAGUCACACAGUCAUGGACAUGGACGACAUGGAUCCAGGAUUGCAUCCCGGUCAUCUUGCUACUCGUGCCUCUUUGUCGAGCCUCGGGGCACGCUCGGACUCGAUGGCGUCGGUGUAUAGCGGCGCGGGUGAGGGACGUUGUUGCCGAUCCGUGGUCGUCACCGGUGAGGUGGAGUUCGCCCUGCAGUACGACUACAAACACCUGACCUUCGAAGUGCACGUGACGAAGUGCAAGAACCUCGCGCCGGUAGACGUGAAGCGCAAACGAUCGGAUCCAUACGUCAAGGUAUAUCUGUUGCCAGACAAGUCGAAGAGCGGAAAGAGGAAGACGAAGGUGAAGAAGCACACAUUAAACCCGGAGUUCAACGAAACCCUGAAGUUCCAUAUGAGCCUGAGCGGCCUGGAAACCAGGACACUGUGGCUGACAGUCUGGCAUUCGGACAUGUUCGGUCGCAAUGACUUCCUCGGCGAGGUACGGAUGCCGCUGGAGAACAAGAUAUUCGACGAUCCGACGCCACAUUGGUAUCCUCUUCAGGAGAGAACGGAACCGUUCGACGAUCCGGUCGCUUACAAAGGGGAAGUGAUAGUCGGCCUGAAAUUCGUGCCGCCGGAUCCGACGCAGCAAGACCGCGACCGGGAAAACGGUGCCGAGCAUCGCAGCAGUUCCAAGGCGAAGAAAAACUGGAGCCGCGGAGCACUCCACGUGCUCGUCAAGGAGGCCAGGAAUCUGCAAACGCGCGCCAAGAACUCUGGCACCUGCGAUCCUUUCUGCAAAAGUUAUUUGCUACCCGACAAAGGCCGAUCCGGCAAACAGAAGACCGGCGUGGUACGCAGAUCGGGCGGCUCACCAGUUUGGGGACACACGUUCAUAUACAAGGACGUCAGUCUGCAGGAAUUAGCAGAGCGCGGGUUAGAGCUGACCGUUUGGGAUCACGACAGGAUCGCCAGCAACGAAUUCUUGGGCGGUGUUCGGUUCAAUCUUGGCACCGGGAAGCAUUACGGAAAACCGGUGGACUGGAUGGACGCGACCGGUCGUGAACUCUCUCUGUGGCAGAACAUGCUCGAGAGGCCGAACUUCUGGGUGGAAGGUGCGGUGACCUUGAGGCCGAAUCUGCACAAUCACGGCAAGAAUAACGGCUCUUAAGGACGACGCCGCACGACGACGUCGGGCGUGAACGGCGCGCUUCACAGUCCUCUCGUUUCCUCUUCCGCAGGAGACUCGUUUCAAAGACGACGAUUUAGUCCAAGUAUCGUUGCAUACAUGUAUAUAGUUCCAGAAGCGUCGCGUGCGUCCCCAAAACGCGGCAAAUUCGCGAAACGAAAAUCAGUGCCUUCGGGAGCGACGCGGACUAUCGUCCGGUCCUUCUCAAAACCGGCACGACCGAGAAUUCCGUACCGUUCCGGCGAACUUCCGGCCCGUCGACGUCGAUGGAACUAUCGACGAAGACGGCGAUCCUUAACUCGACGGGUCGAAGGGAUGUACGUCAUUUCGUUGUUCCCUGCAAUGCUUUCGCACUCUGUAUAACACUCGUAUGCACUGAUGAGUCUUCUUCAUUUAUUCCCGCUUUUACGUUACAUCUUAUACGGAUUUACCGUAUUAUGAAUCAUAGUUUUCGAUUUCAACGUAGAAGCUUUCCCAACGAGUCGUUCGUGAUAGGCUUCUCAUAAUCUCGCUUCUUUGGUUUCUCUUUUUAUACUAUUGUUGCAUCGCGAUUAUUCCAAAAAGUAAUACACGUAAGUGUAACACAAAAAGUAAAACGCGUCACACCGAUAAUAUAAAACAAAAGUUUGCAUUAGUACACCACUAUGAAGUAAAAGAUAGUUGUUUUUCGUCUGCGUGAUUUUCUUCCCUUCGCUCAGCAAUGAUAAAAGUUUAUUAUUUUGUACGUGAAGCAUAUUCGCGUAACAUAUUCGCAGAAAUGAAAAAAAAUCUAGAUUUACUUUAAUCAUACAUAAAUUUACGCAAGAAUUAUUAUUUUACAAGAUCGACUUUUAUAUUUGGAGGCAGAUUAUGAGAAAAUGGUAGUACUUUUUUUUUUUUAAUUAAUAAUUAUGUUUUUUCCCGUAAAACGGCCACUAUCCUAUUUUCCGUUUGUUUGCUCCUCGCACUCGUAGUUUCUUACGCACAGGCUUUCAAAGCCAGGCUUUCAAAGCCAGGCUUCGUAACAACGACACUAAUAUGAUCGACGUGCCAAACACUAAGAAUUGUAACGCAAUUAACGCGCGCGUCUAUCGAUAUUUUUCAUGAUGAAGUUACAUUAUUAAGUACAUUUCACAUUUACCUUCGUUGUUAUUUGUUUCGUUUGGGAAUGACCAUCGUCUAUAUUUUAUCUUCGUAACCAACAGAGAUUAAUUAAUCGUGCGUCAUUUUCAAAUAAUUUUUGAAAUGUGUCUUCUUUGUUUCCAAGCUACUUCUCAUUCUCUUGUCACACCUGUUAUUUCUCCUCAUUAUAGCGCGAUAAGUUCUGAUAUGUGGAUACGCGAUAUGUGGAACGCCGUGAGAAUACGUGCAAUAGCGACGACAUUCUCGAAAGGAUUAUGUCGUUGUUAAGAAAAGAACCCAAAACGACAUAACAGUAAAAGCAGAGGUGCGUCCGUCCAAACAGCCGGUGAGAAGAUUAUCGGUAUCGUACCAAAUAUGCUAGAAACGAAAAAUUCUCGUAGCUUAACUCUCGCCGACUUUCAAACGUUGAAUCACGAAGUUGUAUCUUCGAAGGUUUGCGCGAAAUUCUACCUCAGAGAAAUAACGAUUGUUCCCGGAAAUCAAUCCUCGACGGCGAAAGGAUAAUGGAAAAAAUCUUUAGCCAAAAGUCUUCGCGAGAAAGGAAGAAGUGCAAUAUAUAAAUUAAUUCGACGUUGUGGUAACGACGCGCGUCUAAAAAUUAGUCAAAUUGUAGAAAUAUCAUGUGAUAUAUCAAUUUGUAGUACGGAUAUGUGCAAGAGUUCCGUAAAAAACCGAAAGAGGCGAGCGGACGAAGGAAUCGUGUUGUAUCUUUUCUUCUUUUACGUCCACGAUUUUGGAACAAUUUCUGAUCUUUUUCUCUUUUGAAAAAAUUGACCCCAAUGAUAAAUUUUAAUACUUGAUCGAACACCCAAGAGAUUGCAAUAUCAUUGAUUCAAUUGCGCACCGGAGAAACGGAUAACAUGAUUCUUUCCGGAAAAUAGGACGAAUCUCCCAUUCGACCGCUCGCUUUUCUCUCCGUUUUAUUUACCGAACAAAUCGGACGAGAUGACGAGCAGCAGAGACGUCGGCGUUUGGUACGCAAACAGCGUUGUGUGGACACUUUCCUUUCUUGGAGAGAGAAAGAUGCUUCCAGUGUGUACAAUAGGAAACGAGCGAUGACGAGCGAAGGAACGGUGUAUUUAAGGGAUUUAAAUAUGACCGCUUCCACCCAUCAGUUUGUACGAACACAUACACACACAUAUUCUCUCGUAUUGACGUUAUAUUUAUACAUAUAUCUAUACGUAUACGUGCGAGUAUUAUCGUCGUCGCUGAAAAAUCCCCGAAAAAGAAACUCGUCUUUCAUCCAAGAUCCAUUUUAAGGCCGGAGGCUCGUUUGGGUCUCUGCAUUGUCUUUUUUUCGACGAUUUCAAGACGAUCGUAGAGAGAAGCUCCCAUAUUUGCGGCGCGCGUUUAGCGCUAAGGAGCUGAUGACGUACGUCGCGUGAUCCACCUCUCGCUUGUUGCUCAGCGUUAAAUUCGGCGACUAUUCUCGGGUCCGAUAUUUGCAUGUGGCGUUACGCACGUACGAGCAGUCGCGUUUAGCGCUAAACACGUCGCUGAAUCGCGGUGCAAGCACGAAUCGACGACACGAGUGUUCCAGAAUGAAUCGAAGGGCCGAACUGACGUACUUCGUACUUAAUCGACUAGUUAUAACAGCCUUCGAUUGUUUGCAUACGAUUGUGUAACGUCGCGUAUACUUAGAUAGUAAGACUCUUCCUACAAACAGGGUUAACGAAGGAAAAAAUACUGCCUUUAACGUAUGUUUUGUAGAGAUUCGAGUGGUGCACGGUAGCGUAUAUAGAGUUCUCCGGGAGAAAAUAGACGGAUUGAUCUAACGUUAAUUGGCAACCUGUGUCAAUUACGACGGAAUUUGUUUCUGCGUAAUUACAUCAAUUCCUGAGAUUGUGAAUUUCGAUUCUUGAAAAUUUUCGAAUUUCUUUCUAUCUUUUGUUGUCUUAUCAAUAAUGUCGUUAUCAAUAUGCGAUAGAAAUACCAUAAAAAGGAAAAAGGAAAAUUUAUUUCUACUUAUAUCCCCGACUGAGAGAAAUGAUUUCUUUUUUAUUUGUUAUUUCUUUCACAAACGGCAUUCAAACAGAAUAGAUAAUAAUGACUCUCCGAGAGAGUAUAGAGAAAUUUCAAAAUUACAUAAUUAAACUCGAGCUCCACAGGAAUUUAUAAAUACGCAAAGUGAAUUCCCGUGAAUGUAUUUAAUUCGUCUAUUUUUCGCAGGACCAUAUAGUGCGUGCGUGUUAAAUUAAUUAACAAAUUCCGAUGUAUACAUAGACAUAUACAUACAUAUAUAUAUAUAUA